UGACAGUAGAAGAACAAAUGUAUAAGUAAGAAUUCACUAGAGUUUAAAAAUGGUUUCUAAGUAUUUCUAUCUAAGUUGGAAUUAUUUGUUAUUCCCUUUUCACAGAUAAUAUUUUCUUCAUUAAUAACUAAAUUAGGUGUUGGAAUUUCUUAUAACAUGAUUGAUUGGGCAAUUCUUAAACAACUAUUCGCUACCAUAUCGGUGUUGUUUGUUUAGCGUCUCUGACAAUAUUCAUCGCUGGUUGUUGGCUAGGCUGGCCUUCCGUUACUACUGAAAAACUGCUCAACAACCAAACUGACUUCAACAUAACAUAUAGACAAUUGUCUUGGAUCAUAUCCAUCAUGGACAUUGGCAACAUAUUAAGCCCUGUACCAACUGGGUUCAUGAUGGAUUGGUUUGGACGAAAAACUACAAUAGCAGCUCUGGGGCCAAUGUACACAGCUACAUGGAUGCUCCCGUUGAUGGUUAACCAAGUGUGGGCGUUGUACCUUGCCAGGUUUUUGGCUGGCAUUGGCAAAGGAAUUGCCUACACUGCAGUGCCAAUAUUUUUGGGUGAAAUAGCUGAAGUGAAAAUCCGCGGUGCCCUGAGUUCUGUGUUCGCGAUUCAGCAAUGCGGUGGCGUUCUAUUCGAAACGAUUAUCGGGUCGUAUGUGACGUACACAAAUUUAAACAUUAUUUCUGUUACAGUUCCUGUACUGUUUUUCAUUAUGUUCAUUUGGGUACCCGAGUCUCCUUACUUUUUAUUAAAAAAAGGCCGUCGUGACGAGGCCGCUCAAUGUCUACGGUGGUACAAAAGCGGCGAUGAUUCUGAAUUACAGGAAAUGGAACAAACCGUAAAAAACGACAUGCAAAACAAAGGAACCUAUUUGGAACUUUUGUCCAAUCCGAAAAACCUGACAGCGAUUUCUAUCAUAGCCACAGCGAAUAUCGCACAGAGAGCAGGAGGAGUCAGUUGUCUUUUAGCUUAUUCGUCAUUAAUGUUACCCGAACCGGCGCCAAUUGGUCAAAAGUCCGAUUAUAUCAUUUUGUUUGGCGUGCUUCUGACCGCUAUCAGUUUUGUCGGAAUGGCGUUAGUGGACAAAAUUGGACGGAAACCUCUUUUGAUACUAUCCGAGGUGUCUUUAGGAGUGUUUAUGUUUAUCAACGGUCUAUACUUCUACAUACGCUGUUACACAGCUGAUAUGACAAAUUACAAUUGGAUCCCAUAUUUAUGUUAUGAAUCGUAUGCCUUCAUGUUCGCCAUGGGCUUGGGGUUUGUCCCAGUAGUAUUUUUGGGAGAAAUGCUUCCGGUCAACGUGCGUUCUCACGGUUCAGCACUCAUGUCAAUAGUCUUAGCAUUUAGCUCGUUUGUUUCCAACAAAAGUUUUCUGUUCCUCUCUUAUGGUUAUGGGUUCUAUGUUAUGUUUUUUGUCUUCGCAGCCGUCAAUUUCAUUUGCGCCUUACUAGCCUACUUAUUUUCGUUUGAAACUAAAGGUAAAACUUUCGCAGAAAUUCAAUCUAUAUUGAAAAAACAUUAAUCGUAUGCGGCAUAAAACCAUAUCGAAGUGCAAAUGAAAAUUGUAAAUGACAAUAUUGUUGUCCUAGGUUCUUCACAAAUCACAAGUGUGAAUAUUUGUGAAGCUCAGAUAGUAAAUUAUUUUACGUUUAUAUGAUAAUAUAUAAUAUUAUAUUAACAUUGCAGGGUUUAUUCGCUUUUAGCUACCUAAUUUCUUUAUAAUGUAAUACAACGUUGCAUUUUGCACUUGGUUGAAAAUUCUUGACAAUUCUUGAUGUUUUAUAAAAUUACUAGGUUAAAUUUUAUUUUUUAGAUAAAAUUACAACUACAGCUAACUUUUACAAAGUUGGUUUUGAUAUUAUCUUGAACUAAUCAAGUGCAAUUUUUACAUCUAAUAGGUCAAUAGGUAAGUUUAUAUUAGCCAAAGUGAACAAUAAUCAUUAACCAGACGAAAUAAACAAUAUGUAUGCGAUGCUGAAACCUAACUACAUACCUAUUACAAUUCCUAUUUCUUUACAAGUACCCUAAAUUUAAUAUAAAUUGUAUUUAGUCGGUAUUUUUACAAAUCAAGUCUAAUUAUUUCCGUUAAAGUAUGUUAAAAAUAACAUAUUUUCUAUGUUUAAAUAUUUGCCUUUAGUAUGCUAUCCAUAGUUUUGUCAUU